CAUUCGGCCUCUUCAGUCAUCACCAGAGCCUCCUGCUUUCUUUUCCUCUCUCCCUCUCUCUCUCGAGCCCAUACCAUAACUCGCUUCACCGAAUACGCUAAACUGGAGAGUUGGGGGAGGAGGAAACUAUGGAGAGAGUGUAAGACCCUCCAUGCUUCAAGCCCCUCCAAGAAGAUCGACCAGGGCGGAGCAGCAUCUUGUAGCGCGACAACCUGUGUUAGGAGUAGGGAUAGCUGUUCCAUCGGAUGAAUGGUUUCAUCGGCCGCAUCCUGCUGUCAGUAUGCAUAAAAGAAUUAUAGAAAUAUGUAUAUAAUAGCAUAGAAGGUCUUGAUUUGGAAAGAAGAAACCCCUUCCAGUCCUGUCGCGCGCGAUCACCUGUCUCGGCUUGAGGAGGAGGGGGAGGCCGGGAGUAGGCUUUGUCCGCCCGCAUCAGACAGGUUACUCUGGAUUGUUCCCUUCGCUUAUCUUCGCACAAGGGGGAGGAGUUCUUUGCCUGCCUGCGAAAUUACUCUUCUCUACUUUGCGACGGCGACUGCCCGUUUGCCACCGUUAUCACGCGAAUCAAUAGGUCUGGGGAUGAGCAUGGAGAUCCAGCUGCCACCAGUCCUCGUCCGUUCUAUUGUCAUCGUCAUUUGGUCGGCCAUCGCCCUGCUUGUGAAGCCUUGCAGCUGCAGCACUCAGAAUCGUCAGAUAGCGCCAGGAUUUGAGGGCUCCGAGAUGAAUUGGAUCGACCACGAUGGUCUCUUCCUGUUCUCCAACGGCUCCAUUUUCGCAUUCGGCUUCACCACUUAUGGCUCCAAGGACACCACGUCCUUUCUUCUGCAGGUGAUCCACCUGGGCACCUCCACCGUCGUGUGGACUGCCAAUCGAGGUUCGCCUGUCACCUCCUCCGACAACUUUGUCUUCGACAAGAAUGGGAAUGCGUAUCUGGAAUCUGGCGGCACCACCAUCUGGUCCACCAGCACAUCCGGCAAAGGAGCCACCUCCAUGCUGCUGCAGGAUUCCGGGAACCUGGUGGUGCUCGGCAGCAAUAUUUCCGCGCCGCCUCUGUGGCAGAGCUUCGGUCAUCCGACGGACACCCUCCUGUCCGGUCAGAUCUUCGCCGACGGGAUGACGCUGGUGAGCAAGCCCAACAGCAACAACCUGAGCUAUCAUCUCCGUAUUGACUCGGGGGACAUGAUCCUGUAUGCGGAUUUUCGACCACCGCAGCCAUACUGGUCGUUGCAGCAGGAUAGCAGGAAAGUCAUUAACAAGAUAGGCGGUGGCAUGCAUUCCGCAACCCUCGUUUCGAAUUCGUGGAAUUUCUACGAUCAAAAGCGGUCUCUGCUGUGGCAGUUCGUCAUUGCUUCGGGCAGCGUCGAUGCCAACGGCGCAUGGGCUGCUGUGCUGGGUGUCGACGGGUUCAUUUCAUUCUACAGCCUUGAUAACGGAGGAUCAGGGGCUCCUUCAUCAACAAAGAUACCCCAAGGUUCGUGUGAUACACCCGAACCUUGCGGUCCGUAUUAUAUUUGUGAGAGUGGCACCCGGUGCCAGUGCCCUUCCAUCCUUAACCGGGACUCCAACUGCAAUCCCGACAUCACCUCUCCUUGUAGCUCAGAAACUGCAUUCAUGCUAGCAAAGCUCGAUGAUGGGGUCGGGUACUUUGCCACUCGUUUUCUCUCGCCUAGUGCUAAGUCAAAUCUGACAGGAUGCACAGAUGCAUGCACGCAUAACUGCUCGUGCGUUGCGUUGUUCCAUGAUUCCAAAUCGGGGGAUUGUUUUCUGUUUAAUCAGAUAGGCAGCCUGCAGCAGUCAGCCCCCAACGUGACCGGUGUUGUAUCUUUCAUCAAGAUCGCAAGUGAUGGAGGUGGCAAUCAAAGUCCACGGCAGGAGGGUGGUGGGAGCAGCGGCGGGAAGCAUUCCACAAUUGUCGUAAUUAUCUCUCUUGCGACGGCGGCUGUCAUAGCAGUUCUCAUAUAUUUUGCAAUCAGAAUUCGUCAGAGAAAGAGAUUACCUGAACCAUCACAAGGUUCCUCAGAGGAAGAUAAUUUCUUGGAGGGUAUAACUGGAAUGCCAGUCCGUUUAGGUUACAGAGAGCUUCAGGAAGCUACAGAUAAUUUCUCCAUUAAGCUCGGGCAAGGGGGCUUUGGCUCUGUCUAUCUGGGAAAGCUUCCUGAUGGUACUCAAGUCGCGGUGAAGAAAUUGGAGGGCAUAGGUCAGGGAAGGAAAGAGUUCCGCUCUGAAGUGGCCAUAAUAGGCAGUAUCCACCAUUUCCAUCUGGUCAGGCUCCGAGGUUUCUGUGCAGAGGGUAUGCACCGGCUUCUUGCAUAUGAGUACCUGGCGAAAGGGUCGCUGGAUAGAUGGAUCUUCCAGAAUAAUGAUGAAGGAUUUCAACUGGACUGGGAUAAGAGGUACAAUAUUGCUUUGGGAACGGCCAAGGGGUUGGCCUACCUCCAUGAGGAUUGUGAUUCAAAGAUAAUUCAUUGUGACAUUAAGCCCGAAAAUGUGCUUCUCGAUGAGAAUUACAUUGCCAAGGUAUCAGAUUUUGGGCUUGCAAAACUUAUGACCAGAGAACAGAGCCAUGUUUUCACAACGCUUAGAGGCACUAGGGGGUACCUUGCACCAGAAUGGAUCACAAACUAUGCGAUAUCAGAAAAAAGCGAUGUUUAUAGCUUUGGGAUGGUCUUGCUUGAGAUCAUUGGUGGGAGAAAGAAUUUUGAUCCAGCAGAGAGUUCUGAGAAAGCUCAUUUUCCUUCAUAUGCUUUCAAAAAAAUGGAGGAGGGCAAGCUGAAGGAAGUUUUCGAUGCCAAGCUAAAAUUUAAUGACGAGGACGAGAGAGUGGAGACAGCAAUUAAGGUUGCUCUAUGGUGCAUCCAAGAGGACUUGUCUUUGAGACCAUCGAUGACAAAAGUUGUUCAAAUGCUCGAAGGCCUGUUAGAUGUUCCUCAACCUCCAACUUCCUCCCAGAUGGGCUUUCGGCUUUAUGCUAACGUGUUCAAGUCGACAAGUGAAGAAGGCACGUCUUCAGGACCAUCAGACUGCAACAGUGAUGCAUUCCUUUCAGCUGUUCGCCUCUCUGGGCCGAGUGCUAUCAGGGGGCUUAGGAAUAGUCUAUUAAGCAACAUCUCAUGCAUCUCGUGGAGCAAGAAGAAACUAAUUGUAAUCAUCAUCCCCUUGGCUUUGCAGUAUGUUAUUUUGGAUUCUCUCCUUUCAUAAUUACAAGAAUAUUAUGUUGUCAUGUGUAAUGAAUGAUCUUUGAUCUUGGAAUUAUUUUGGUGGAGGCAUCGGUUCUUAUUGUACAAGUUCUGCCUAUCAGACUGUGGACACAAACAGUGAACACCAAUCAUUCAGAGGAGCUCUUUACUCUCUAUGCAGAAAGUGUAGUUGGCUGCAAAGCACAUAAUUCUGAAGUUUUCUUGUUUGUCAUCGGUGAUUGGGAUUCCAUUAUGUCUGUCCCGUUAUUUCACAUUCUGAUUCAUGUCAAUAGGCACAAGCACUCACUGGUGGUUCACAGGAAUACUUUUUGCAGAAUUACAUUGGAAAUAUUGAUGAAGACAUGAAAUCUAUUUCACAAGGUGGGUGAGGUUUUUGGAUUUUUCCCUCCUGUCAUCUAGUCGAUGUUAGUGGGACUACUAAGCAUAGGAAUUACACAUUUGGUCCAUACAAAAGAUAUCCGCAGGUAGUCAUGAGCAUUAAAUGGCCCGAAACCAACCAAUAACAGAACUUCCUGCAAGCCCAAUUCCCAAGAACAUCAUCUUCACGGUCCCUGCAGUUUCUGAUUCCAUGGAGGACGCUGAUAAGGGAGCAAGAAUCGUGAGCACGCCUGUGAGGUAGCCAUUGUUCAGACCAAGAGUCAAGUCAGAAAUAUCACAGGGACUUCUGUUUGGAAGAACUUGAGCCCAUGGAGGCAGGCGGCAGAGAGUGGAUAGAAUACGAAGCAAAGCAAUGCCAUAUAGCCCUUUGUGUACCUUUUGGAGCAUAUGCCGUCGUCAAAGACUUCCCAACCGAAUCAGACACAUUGUAUGCCGCCACCAGCAGAAUAACAUAUCAAUCCUUGAGAAGCUCCGAAUGCACGUUUUCAGUUAUGAAUCCCGGGGAAUAUAGAGAGCGCGACAAUGUAGAUCACCGACAAUGAAUUCUUUCCAAACAUCAGCUGUGCUACAGUGCAAGCUUCGAGGAUCCGCUGACUCGUGGCCUUUUCAGAGACAUGAAGCUUCGAUGAUCUGAAGGUGGAAGUCUUCUGUGCUAAUAGCAUUUCAUGGUGGGCAGUUUGCCUAAAAUGUUGUAGCAGAAAACGCAUCC